AUGGGUGAUCGUGACAAUUCUUGCUACAAGUGUGGUCGUCCUGGGCAUUUCGCCCGCGAGUGUCCUGACAGUUCUGAUCGCGGUGGUGGUUUCUCAAGUCGUGGCGGUGGCCGCGGUCGAGGUCGUGGUGGUUAUGGCGGCGGUGGUGGCUAUGGUGGUUAUGGAGGCGGUGGCUAUGGCGGUGGUGGCGGCGGCGGCGGCGGCUUCCGUGGUAAGAGUGGUUGAGAUGUUGUCGAAUCGUGUCGCUUGAAUUAAUAAGCAUAUGCUACAUCAGAUCUUAUUACCUGGCUCGCCGGUGAUGGAUCAUUCUGAUUUAUCCGGUUAGCUGCGGUUAUGCGUUCAGGAUUUUGUUGGCGCGCGCCCAUUUCCCUUAUCAGGUAAAAAACUGUACGAGGGUUAUGAGCUCCGAGCCGUGUCGAACUGUACUUAACUGUCUUUGUUGCUGCAGGUGAAUGCUACAACUGCGGUGAGACGGGCCACAUUUCCCGAGACUGCACUGCUCCGCGAAACCAGUCCAACGGAGGUGGUGGUGGCGGCGGUGGCCGUGGAUGUUACAACUGCGGUGAGGAUGGUCACAUGGCUCGUGACUGUCCCCAAGGUAGCCGUGGGGGCUACCGCAGCGGUGGUGGCGGCGGAGACGACAGGAAGUGCUACGGGUAAGGUUUGUUGAGGUGAUCUAAGCCGCUGGCGGCUUUGUAGGUGCGGUGGUUACGGCCAUAUUGCAUCCAGGUGCCCCGAAGCCAGUCGGCAGUGA